AUGGACCUCCGCGCUAUUCGCGCCGAAUACAAGGACUUGACAGUCUCAGAACUGGAAGAAAAGCUCAAACCUGCACUGGACUCCGUCAUAUCACAGGAAUAUCCCAAGCAACCCACUGAAAACUACCCGGCUCUCGUAGUUCUAGAAAUGGCUCAGAAUCUAGUACCGGAGCUUUGUCGUGCCUUUGACACCUAUCAGGAGAAGGUUGGCAGCAAGCGUUUGCUGGAAGACGUCCCGUGGCAAGCCAAGUUCACAUUUAUCGAGGACUUUCUGAGACUUGAUUGUUAUUGCAAUAUAUUUUACUACCGAACCGAAUUCCUUUUCAGCACUUUGAAUCAUGCAAAGAAACGGUUUAAAAGACCAUUUCUUUAUCACCCUGGGGCUCCAGUUGAGAAAUAUCCCUGGACCUUCAUGUGUGCUAUGCUCAAAAGAUAUCGAGGUUGA